AGUUAAUGAUAGCGUUACCGUCACAGCGAAGCUAAACAACUUCGAUUCGAUAAAAAAACUCGCCGCUUAUAAACGGCGUUUGCCCAAAAAGACAGGAAGAGCAGAAGUAAAAAAAACCCCCAAAAAAUUGCACCACCAUGACCACCGUCUCAUCCGCUUCCGCCGCCGUAACGGAAGACGCGAAGAUUGUCACACCGAGCUUGAAGAAGAAUGAAAGAAAUGGAAAGUUACGGGUGAUGUGUAGGUUUGGCGGUAGUAUUCUCUCACUUCCGCAGACGAAAUCGCCGCGUUAUGUAGGCGGAGAUACUCGAAUCGUCGCCGUUCCUCCCUCUGCGGAAACGAGCUUCGCUUCUCUUGUUAGCCACCUUACGGUUAGGCUCGGAAUCUCUUAUCCUUUCAAGGUUAAGUAUCAGCUUCCUGAUCAGGAACUGGAUUCGCUUAUCUCCGUCGAGACGGAUGAGGAUGUUCAAAUCAUGAUGGAAGAACACGGAUAUCUCUCCUCCGAGUCUUCGAUUCCCCAAUCGCGUAUCCGAUUGUUUCUUUUCCCAUUGAAAUCAGAAGCUGGUGCGAGUCAGGGAGAUUCAGAUCAGUGUAAAGUGGAGACUGAUAUCGAUUGGCUCGGAAUUAAAGAGUCCAAGCCUAUUCGCGAGGAGUUGACACAGCCAGUACUUCAGCACCCUAAGACGGAGAUGUGGUUCGUAGACGCGUUGAAGAGUGCGGAGAUGAUGCAGACUGGGCGAAAUAAUAGCGGCAGUAGCGGAAGCGGAGAUGGUAACGGCGGGAUUUGUGGACAGGAGUCGAUGAUGCUCGACACCAAUUCCUCCUUUGGCUCGACAUCAUCCUCGGUUUCUUCUAGCAAUUUACCUCCAAUGAAAAGCACCGGCGAGGACAAGACAACGAAUUCACAGGUCAAAUUUGCGCCAAUAGAAUCAGUAACAAGCAACAACAAUACUGCAGUCACCCCAAUCUCUUCUCACGAGCUACCAUCACAAGCACAUGCUUUUGAGAACAAACCGUUUUCAAACGUGUAUGAGGCUGAGCUAAACAGACCAGUUCCAGUCCCAAUUUCCGGGUAUCCACCAUUUAUGAACCAAGCUCAACAACAACAUAUCCAAGUCAUUUACACUGGACAACCUUACAUUACCGGAAACUCACCUAUGACAUUACCUCCCACAGCAUACCAUCACACAAACCACAUCCAUUAUCAGCUUCCGCCACAACCAUACCCAAUCUAUUACAUUCCAGUCGAGCAAUACAGUUCGAGGCACGUUCAAGCACCGCCUGUGAAACCGGGCACCGUUUUAAACUCUCACCAAGUUGAUUCUCAGGUGGUCCGCACCAGCAGCCCUCUAGCACCAGAGUUUUCCUCGCAGGUUUAUCCUCCAUCCAAUCCCGUUGAUUCAUCGGUACAAACAUCAAGUGAAGCUACUCUUAGUACUACUUGCAGAGAUGUUUUCAUCUAUAACACCGACGACGAUGACAACAACGAUAUGGCUCGUGCUCAGAUUUACAAAUCUCAGCCUCCAGCUCCCACAUUACCGUCUCAGUAUCAAACCAUUAUGCUAACCGAAGCUUUCAGUCAGUUACACACACACACACACAAUGCUUGAGAGAUCUUAGAACCCGUUCUCGUGUUACUGCACUUUCAGGUAUUUGGUUUUACAGUUUUGUUUUGGUCUCCACACAUAUAUACAUGCUUCUGGUUUUAUUCUCUUUCAGUCAAGGUGAUCCUUUUCACCUUCUUUUACUCCCUUGGUUGUCGUAACACUCUGAAGUUUACAGUAAAGAAAUUUGUAAUAUUGGU